AUGUCUCUCGUAUCAGGACCUGGCCGUGCUGGAGGAAAUGCCCUCCCGGACGAACUCCAACUCGCAAUCGAGCCACAUGUGAAAUAUAUUCAAAGCCUGGACACCCGCAAAGACGAGCUCGAAUACUGGCUUACCGAACACCUCCGACUCAAUGGUCUCUACUGGGGUCUCAACGCUCUCCACCUUCUCAACCGUCCGGAUGCCCUUCCGAGAAAAGAAACGAUAGAUUUUGUGCUUUCGUGUCAGGCGGAUAACGGUGGUUUUGGCGCUGCGCCGGGCCAUGAUGCACAUUUGCUGUAUACGGCUAGUGCGGUGCAGAUACUGGCUAUGGUUGAUGGUUUUGGAGAGUUAGAGAAAAGGGGCAAGGAGGGAGGGGCGAUGGCUGUGGGGAAAUAUAUCACAGACCUACAGAACCGGGAAACAGGAACUUUUGCAGGCGACCAAUGGGGAGAAGAAGACACACGAUUUAUCUGCUGUGCGUUCAUCGGGCUUUCGCUGCUAAAGUUGAUGAAUUUGGUGGAUGUGGGGAAAGCAGUUGGCUACAUUAUCUCGUGCGCGAACUUCGAUGGCGGAUAUGGUGUUGCUCCUGGGGCAGAAUCGCAUUCAGGGCAGAUCUUUGCUUGUUGCGCAGCGUUGACUAUUGCGAGGAGACUGGAUACCGUGGAUAAGGACAAGCUGGGAAUGUGGUUGAGUGAGAGGCAAACGGAGGGCGGUGGGUUGAAUGGGAGGCCGGAGAAGUUGGAGGACGUCUGUUAUAGUUGGUGGGUUGCGAGUAGUUUGUCGAUGAUUGGGCGGCUGCAUUGGAUUGAUGGGGGGAAGUUGUCGAAGUUUAUAUUGAAUUGCCAGGAUUCGGAGCGUGGCGGGCUGGCGGAUAGGCCGGGCGAUAUGGUUGAUGUAUUCCAUACGAAUUUUGGGCUUGCAGGUCUGGCUUUGCUCGAGUUUGAUGGGCUGGAGGAAGUGGAUGCCGCAUAG